AUGACAGCCUCUUUUUACGUUGCUCCUCUAGAUGGAGGUGUUCAAUUAUAUGCUAGUGGUGUGCUUGGAACUAUCUAUCAUUUUUUUCAAGAUUUAAUUUUGGGGGUACCCAAUUUAUUUCACAAUGCAGUUGGAAUGGUUGUAGUCGAAUCAAAUGACUCGAGGCUCGUGUCUAAUGUUUAUAAAUUCGGUGAUUAUGUUACUUCAAGGGCAUAUGAAGGUGGUGAACUGGCACGAUCCUUCUUUCUUGGAAGCUUUACUGAUAAAAACCCAAGUCUAGUUGGAAAGUAUCAUGAUGUGGCCGCCAAGUUGAGUGAAGCCGGGGCUGAUAUCCCAAGUAUAGGACAACCUGUCGACACAAAAGAGAAUAGGCACAAAUUUAACCUCUUUUCCUCUUCCGGUUUGAGAGGAUUUGCCAAAACCCAUGAACCGAGUCUGCUGGAAUCUCUCGGCAAAUGA